GUUUGGUGAGUCAGGUGGUGAGGUAGACAUGGGUGCUGAGGCUCACUAGGACUUCCUCAGUCUUCCCUCACUCAGUCCUCCAACAGCUCCUGUGACUGACGGAGCCUCGCAGGGAGUACUCGUCAGUAUGUGGUGCUGUGUCAAGUUAUUGUUGGUGGUGUGUGUGGUGGUGGACUUAAGCGUGGCUCAGCAUGGGGUGGCCCUACCUGGGCUGCAUCAGGUGAACACUGGGGUGCCACUCCAACCCGUUGGUGCCAGGGCUCCACACCAGGGUAAUGGGCACCAGGCACCCAACUUCAAUCCCGUGUUUCAUGGAGAUACAGAGACUGUAGUUGUACCCCUGAGGGAGGGGGCAGGUGUCCCCUUGCCAGUCCUAGGUCCCGGUGGGGGCACUGCCCCACCUUCUCCAGGGGUGCCGCCAUAUGAGACUGUAAGAACAGGAGGUGUUCCCCUCCAUCAGCCAACUGGUCUACCUGGUGGUGGUCUUGGUGGUAUUAGGCCUGUGAGAGACCCAGAGCUGGAUGAGAAUGUGCAGCGUGCUGUCAGACUGUCAGCGGUGCAGAGCCACUUGCAGCUCAAGACGGAAGCUGAUUCUGCUGUAAAGAUCAUAGAAAUUGUCAGUGCUCACAAACAGGUUGUGGCUGGUCUGCUUGUGUAUCUCACUCUGCGAGUUGGGGAAACAAAGUGCCCAAUAGGAGCCCCGGAUCUUCAUGUUUGUCCUUUGGACAAUUCAGAAGAUACACACAUCUGUGAAAUUGUGAUAUGGGACAGGCCAUGGCUCAAUAUUUCAAAGGUUAUUGAUGAGAAGUCUAGGUGUGCUGAAACUGAAGACGACAAUGACUUCAAUAGCUGGGGAGUGUUCACCCCUCUUGUGUCCUCACACUCUGAAAUACCUGUGCAGGUGCUUCCACAAGACAUUGAUGAACAGCAGCUGGGCAUUGAGGCAUUUAAUUACAUAGAUCGUGGAUCAGAAUCCAAGUUCAGGGGAGAGAUGAUCACAUUUGACCUUGGGAACAUGAUGUUUGACCCAGUGAGUAACACAACUAAGGUGCAAGUAAACGUGGAGUAUGGUUUCCAACUUUGCCUCAGGUCUGUUGAGGAGAAGACCGAUCCCAGAGUAUGCCCUCGGGAUGGUCAGCGAGAUCACUACAUCUGCUCUGUAAUUGUUGUUCACAACCCCAAUCACAUAUCAGCUCUUGAAGUAGUACCUCUCCUGGAGGACGAUGAUGACAUUCGUUGUGAGAAGAAGCGAGGUGUAGAGGAGGAAUUAGUCGUCCCUGUUCAAGCUCCUUGCCUAGGUUGUCCACAACCAGCUCCUCUUAAUGAUCCCACCAUCAUGGAAAUUGCGGACUUUGCUCUUAAAGAGUAUGACAGGACUGCUACUGAUGAAGAGGAUCUUCAUCUUGUUCUUCGGCUCAUCAAGGCCCAAACUCAGGUGGUUGCUGGCCUCAAGUACUACCUCACUGUUGAACUGGCAGAAACAGAUUGCAAAAAAACUUUGACCGGUGUUGAUGUCAAUCGAACUUUCUGUAUGCAAGAUCAUGAUGAGGAGACGAAAAUCUGUGACCUACACGUGGUUGACCAGCCUUGGAUUCCUGCCAGAGAUCUUGUUGCUGCACAAUGCUAUGAUAAGGAUGAUUAUCCAGCCUCGAACCAGGAUGAAUUCAUUGUUCCAAUUGCUCUUGGAACAGGCCUUAGCUCUGCACCUCAUGGAUCAGCACCUUCUUUCAGGCCUCAAUCCUCACUGUUGGGUGGUCACAGACCUGUGGAGGUUGAUGCUCAGACAAUGGAAGUUGUGAAAAUGAUUGUGGAUGAAUAUAACAAAAGAGAGGAUGAUUCUGAAUAUUUCAAGCUGGUGAAGGUUCAUGAAGCAUCCUCACAGGUCGUGUCAGGGAGGAAGUACACUCUUGUAGUUGAGUUGGGAGAAACCAACUGUCACAAGCUUGACCCAGCACUUGGCAAUGGAGAGCAUUGCUUGCUAGACCCCACAGAGGAGCAUGAGGUGUGCAAGGCAGUGGUUCACGAACAAGCAUGGCUUCAGACUUCAGAUUUCCGCAGGAUCUUGUCUCUUACUUGUGAUGACCUGGAUGAUUACUUAGAGCAGCAACUCUUGCCCACCCACAAUUCUUUCGACUUUACGAAUCAUCCCUUCCUGAAUGUUACACAAGACACCCAUGCUGGUUUUCAAGUAGUUGCCAAAAAUGAUUCCAAUGUGCAGAAAACUGCUGCUUUUGUAACAGAACAGUAUAACCUCCGAGGUGAUGAAGACGAAUUGUAUACCUUAACACAGAUCAUCAGUGCUUACCAGCAGGCUGCAUCAGGUGGUAUAAAUUAUCAUUUGGAAAUUGAGCUGGCUGAGACUCGCUGUAAGAAGUACCUUCCAAUUGCUGAUCUUAAUCGCUGCCCUCUUGAUCAUGGUGAAGAGAGAGAAGUAUGCCAAGCAGAAAUCUUUGUGCCUCAUGGACCUGGUGGCAACAGACAGGUUAACAAACUCUACUGUGAUGAUAUGAGUGAAUACUACACAAGAAAGAUUAGAGGCAAGUUUGGUCCAACAAGUGCCUUCUCACAGCAAGCAGUUGGAUCUGGCCCACAUAAUGGACAAUGGACUGCUGCUGAUGUCAAUGAUAAAAGUCUUGUCAAGUUGGGUCACCUGAUUGCUGAUGAGUUUGACUCAAGAUCUGACGAAGAUAACUUGUUCAUCUUCCAUAAACUCUUACAGGCUCGUAAGCAGGUUGUUUCAGGACUUAAUUAUCACUUAGUUGUUGAGCUGGUGCAUACAGUGUGUCCCAAGUACAAGCGACGCAUCGACAAGACUCGCUGUCUGCCAGACAUUGGUGAAGAACACAAGGUGUGUGAGGCACAUGUUUUGACACAGCCUUGGCUCAAGAGAAAAGUUGUGACUAAUCUCCGAUGUGCUGAGAAAGAUGAUUUCUUUAAAGCAGAUGAUUCUGUUGAAGUUUUGUAUCCCAGUGUGCAUCCAACUGCUCAUGCCAGGCCAGUGUUCCAAAGUCAGUUUUUGGUCAGAGACAGUGUGGAGAGUGAUGAAAGCAAUGAGCGUUUCUACGACCCAUCCAGGGGGACAUCUAGCACCAGCCACGAGUCCAUCGAAGAUCGGUCUGAUGAAGUAACUAAGCGCUUCUAUCAUCCUUCUGGUCGGACAAACUUCCGGCGCCACGACACUGAAGAAGAUGAUUCUGACGAGCUUCCAAGCUUUAGAGAUAGGAGAUCUGCAACAGGUGGAUAUUCACCUGUAAAUGUCUCUGACCCAAAAGUCAUUGAAUUAGCAGCAUUUGCUUUGAAAUCCAUGGAUGCAAUUUCUGAUGAUCCUGAAGUCAGAGUUGUUGAAAAUGUGAUCAGUGCUCAAAAUCAGGUAGUUGCAGGUCUUAACUGGAAGUUGCAAAUAUUGGUGAGCUGGACAUCUUGUCUAAAGGAAGAUCAAAUUGAAGACUUGAGAACCUGCAGUAAGAAUACAAACAAACCCAGCAGUAAAUGUGAUGUUACUAUUUAUGAAAAAUCAUGGGAAGAUUAUAUAGAAGUAACUGAAAUGGCAUGCACACCUGUGACAGGCAAACAGUGAGUGGUGAACAAAUUUAUUUAAGAGAAGUUUAGCAUUACCUUCGACACUUGCAGAAUAUGUGAACGCUUUAUUUUUCUUUGUGGGAGAAAGAGAGGAUUGAAUUAAUGUUAUUGUCGUGCAUAUUUUGUAGUCUUAGUAUGUUGCUGUAAAAUAAUUUAAACAGUGGACCAUAAAAUACUGACUGCAUCCAUAUCACACCCAUAAAUUUGAGAUGGAAACUAAAUGACAUUUCAGUCCAUCCUGUACCAUUAUUGAGUUGACCUCGUAGUGAACCAGGAUGGAUGGAAAUGGCAUUUAAUUUCAUUUACAGUUUACGGGCUUGGCGUGAAUUGUUCUAGCCACAGUAUUGUGACUUGUUCUCCACUGAUUGCAUGACAUUAUGUAGAGUUGUUUGUAACAAACAUGUAUACCGGGGAAACUUGUGUAACAUAUUACGCGAGUUUAUAUUUUAGUAAGAUUACAACCUUAAAUAAAUAUUGUAUAUGGCCAAAGCCUUUAUAUUAUAGGAAAAUUUAUUUGUACUGCAAAAGGAAAGUUGUAAUGCUAGAACAGAACUGGAGAAAGACUAAUGCAGUAUGUGAUCCUUUAUUGACGUUUUGCCCAUGCAGUGGGCUUUAUCAAGUCAAAUAGAUCUGCCUUGAGAGGGAGGUUGAGCCUAUACAUAGGGAGCUUAGCGAGGUGAAGAGAUGGGCUAGGGUGGCUUUGAACUUGAGUUGGAUAAAUAGAAGACAGGACUUUAUAGGAACCUGUCUAGCAUGGGGCCAGCAGGCCUACUGUAGUGCUCCUCCAUAUUUAUGGGAUACUGAACUAGAAAUUUCCUGUCAAAAGGCUCAGUUAUGUUGUAGAAGCUGAAAUUGUUGGCUAUGCUAAUGAGUGACAAUAAGAUCCUGCAUAUCAUGGUGUCUUCUUUCUUAGCAAUGAGUUAUUAUUAUUAUUAUAAUCAAAAAGAAGCGCUAAGCCACAAGGGCUAUACAGCUUGGCAACGAGUUGUAUGCCUUUGUAAUUAAUGAGGUGGUUGUGAAAGUUUGUGUCAAACACAGGCAUUUUUUUAAAGGUCUUUUCUGCUUGCACAUUGGUGUUUAUUAUUAUUAUUAUUAUUAUAAUCAAAAAGAAGCGCUAAGCCACAAGGGCUAUACAGCACAUUGGUGUUUAGAAUGUGUGUUCUGGAUGUUCUGACCACACAUAUUCUGUCAAUCAUUAAGAUUGUGUAUACCCUUGAGUGGUUUGAACUUUGUAGUCUUACUGGUGAUGUCCUUGAAUGUAAUGAAGACAGUGACUGUGGAUACUUGAAGUUUAGUGGAGAGAAUAUUGGUAAUCUCCAUGGGGAAGUGGAACAGGAUUCUUCCUCCGUAAGCCAUGAACAUCAUAAGAGGUGACUAAAAUGCCGGGAGCAGGGGGCUAGUAACCCCCCUUCUCCUGUAUACAUCACUAAAGUUAAAAAGGAAAAGUUUUGUUUUUCUUUUUGGGCCACCCUGCUUCAGUGGGAUAAGGCCAGUUUGUUGAAAAAAUUAGAAUAUUGGUAAUGUUUGACAAUGAAUGUGUUAGGGAGGACUAUCUUCUUUCAGUGGUGCCCUAUCUAGGCAAUUUUAAGAUUUUAUGUGGACAGCAUCUACAGUCUCCAAGACCAGAUUUCAAGUAGCCACCAUUUUCUGUACUACAAUCAAGGACAUCAUUGAGAGUUACCACUAAGAAGUUCAAACCAAUGCAGGAUAUACACAAUCCCUUGCAAAAAUUGUAACAAAAUAUAUGUGGGCAAAACGUCAAAAGACCACACACACACACACACACACUUCUGAUCGCCAAUACGCCAGCAGAAAUGGAGACUUAAACAACGCUGUUUUCACACACACUCCCACAACCACUUAAUUACAAGAAUGCACAAAUCUUUGACAAGAAGACACCCAAAGAUACAGGAUGUCAGAUUAUUAUUAUAAUCAAAAAGAAGUGCUAAAGCAGGAUGUCAGAAUCAACCUAACCAAUAAUAUCAACCCUAAUGGCUUUUACAACAUAGCCGAGUCUCUUGCCAGGAAACUUUUAUGCUGGUAUACCACAUAGCAAUAGUUCAUUAAUAUGGAGGAGCACUGCAGUGGGCUUGCUGGCUCAUGCAUCCCAAACUCAACUUUCCAGUCAUAUAUUUGCUCAACCUAAGUUUAAAGCUACCAAGGUUAUAGCUACAAAAUGCCUAACCUGACUCCUCACUUCACUACAAUCCCUAUAUAUAGGCUCAUCCUCCCUCACUAGGCAGAUCAGUUUGUGACUUGAUAAAGUCCACUGUUUUUCUCCAUCUUGUAUUUUAUACCACCUCUUUCCAAAAUAUCAUCUAUUAGUAUAGGCAGUAGGCCAAAUGGCACUAGUAUUAAACUGGUCAGCACAGGUAGUAAUGGGUUGGCCAUGGUCAGCCUUGCAAGCAUUACCGUGGAAGAAGUGGUGGUAUCCUCUUGCAUUGAUGGUCAUUUUCUUCGGUCACAUUCACCCAGCAGUGCCACUUCGUGGUCUGUCACAUUUUCUUGAACUUCAUAUUAUCCUUUUAAUAAAUGCUAUUUUCCCA